AUGGCCGACACGCCAGGCACGCACCCUCCGACGCCGUUGCGCUCGGCUCUCAAGGCCGACGACGAAGCAGUUCGAACUCCGCCUGCUAGCGGCACUCUCAAAGCAGUGCAGAUCGCGGACCCUGUCCCCGAGGACUAUAUCGAAGAUGAUUCGCAUCACGGCAAGCAGCGUCGUAGUCUGCAGACAGCCCCCACUCGUCGACUCAGCGGCCGGCUUUCUGCAAGCGCCUCGCCAGCUCUGCGGCCCGUGGAGGAUUCGGCAUUGACGUCGCAUCACCAUAGUCACCGCCGAAACCACCAGAGCGAGAGGAUAUUGGCGCAGGUUGGAGAAUGGCUGGAGCGAGAGCGCAAGAAGAUUGCCACGAGGAAGCUGAAGCCUCGUCGGCGCAAGUCGAAAUCACCGCCGUCCGACCAGACCAUCGCGGCUACAGAUGCGGCUGCGGCUGAGUCUCCCAGCCAACCUUCGCGCGAAAGAUCGAAUUCCACGAGCUCACAGUCGAGCGAUAUCUCUUUUGACGGCUUGCAGCACAUUCUGGAGACGUCAAUGGCUUCUCUGGGACUCAAUUCGCUGCCGAAAUACAGCCCGCGAAUCGGCCCCAAGCACCGCCGACCAGGUUCUCGUACGUCUUUGCACCGCACGGCCUCUUCAGACACCGACUAUGUGGAUGGCGAUGCUAUCGUUCCCAGCUGUGACGCUUGGCUUGACAACUCCAAGACCAUGAGCUACACUGGAGGUAGCGCCAGCGCGGAGGAUCUUUCGGUCAAGGUUGAAAAAGAGAAGGAGGCAUGGACUAGUUUCAAGAAUGAGAUCCUGCGGAUAGCUCACACGCUGAGGCUCAAAGGCUGGCGCCGUAUUCCUCUUGGUAGCGGCGAGGCCAUGGCGGUUGAGCGACUGAGCGGUGCUCUGACAAACGCUGUAUACGUUGUCACUCCGCCGGCUGGGAUCUCGCAGCUUGAUGGAAAAAAGCCUCCGACAAAAGUCUUACUUCGAGUGUAUGGACCACAGGUGGAGCAUCUCAUCGACCGAGAGAAUGAGCUGCAAGUGUUGCAGCGACUUGCGCGCAAGAAGAUUGGUCCGCGCCUGCUGGGAACCUUUAAGAAUGGCCGGUUCGAGCAGUUCUUCAACGCUAUUACGCUUACCCCACUGAACUUGCGAGAGCCAGAGACAUCGAGGCAGAUUGCGAAGCGUAUGAGGGAGCUGCACGAGGGAAUUGAGGUACUGGUGCACGAAAGGGAGAAUGGUGCUUCUGUCUGGAAGAACUGGGACCAGUGGCUGGAUAACGUCGGCCGCAUCACCAGUUUCUUGGACAAGGAGUUGGACAAUACUCCAGAAGGAGAGAGAGGACCCUCUGCUGCGCAUGCUUGGAAAGCCAACGGUUAUGUGUGCGGAGUGCCUUGGGAACAGUUUAAAGAUGUGGUGAUUAGGUACAGAGCCUAUUUGAACGGCUGCUACAAGGAUAAGAGGGCCCUCAAAGACCGCCUUGUUUUUGCGCACAACGAUACUCAAUACGGCAAUAUUCUAAGGAUCCGGCCCGAUGAUGAGAAAUCACCACUCCUUCAGCCUGCCAACAAGCACAAACAGCUCGUCGUCAUUGAUUUCGAGUACGCAGGUCCCAACACAGCUGGACACGAAUUUGCCAAUCAUUUCACGGAAUGGAUGUACAACUACCACGAUCCCAUAGCUCCCUUUGCUUGCCACGCCGAUCGUUAUCCGAGCCUGGAAGAGCAGAAGCGAUUCAUCAGGGCAUAUGUAGACCACCGCCCCAAGUUCCCGCUCGCCAGCUCGACACCCCGCAUGACUCCCGUCGAUAGCAGCACUCCCAGUGGCACGGCGACGCCAUCUCUCCAGGCGACGGCGUCCAGCAGCUCCAUUGUCGACUUUAUGCUCGACGCUCGCUACCCCGGCGGAGACUGGGGCGCAGUCGAAAAGGCGCGCGAGGAGCAGAUUGACCAGCAGGUUCGGGAGCUCAUUGACGAGGCGCGGCUGUGGCAGCCGGCGAACAGCGCGCAGUGGAUUGCCUGGGGCAUUGUGCAGGCCAAGGUGCCUGGUCUUGAUGGGAAUCCUGCUGACGAGGAGCCUGGCGCGGACGAGUUUGAUUACUUGAGCUAUGCGCAGGAGCGAGCCAUGUUUUUCUGGGGAGAUUGUGUGCAGCUGGGGUUGGUGAAGUUGGAGGAGUUGCCGGAGGGGCUGCAGGCGAAGGUGAAGCUUGUGAAGUAUUAA